GCCUGGAAAGGAGCCCGGGUGCCGUCACCCGCCCCGUGCGGCCUCACCUGCCGCUCCCUGGAAAUCUCAGCGCCACCCUGUCCCCGCCCCCCACCCUCCCGCGUCCUCCAACUCGAGGUCCCAAGACCCACACAGCAAUGGCGCAGCCGGAACUAGACUUCCUAACGCCCGGCUGGCGGUUCGGGUCGUCUGUGGGCGGGACGCAAAGGCUGCGACUUCCGCCUUCCUGCUUCCGGUCUGGCGCUAGCCAAUUGUACAGAAUUUAAAUCAUCUCUCAGAUGUGUACAGUAGAACUCAAGAAGACAGACUACCAAGGGUCAUCUGAAGUCGUGAUUGGGUCACUAAUAAUACCAGGACAAAGUUAGAGAUCACUACUCAAGCAUAAGCCCCAGUUUUCAUAAGACUGCAGUGAAGAUGUUUGAUAUAAAGGCUUGGGCUGAGUAUGUUGUGGAAUGGGCUGCAAAAGACCCAUAUGGCUUCCUUACAACUGUUAUUUUGGCCCUUACUCCACUGUUCCUAGCAAGUGCUGUACUGUCUUGGAAACUGGCCAAGAUGAUUGAGGCCAGGGAGAAGGAGCAAAAGAAGAAACAAAAACGCCAAGAAAACAUUGCAAAAGCUAAACGACUAAAAAAGGAUUGAAGGACUGAACAGGCUCUGCAACCAGAGGAAAAUCAUUUGGAAAAUUAUGCAGCUUUGGAAGAACCCACUAAAGUUUCUUCUUUGGAUUUCUUGACAGUAUUAUUUAGUAAAUGAAAUCUGACCAAAUGGAAGAAUCAUGUUAGUUCUGACCUCAAUACUAUAGUAACUUUUAGGCUUGGGUGUAGAAGUUUAUAGGUUUCUAUUGACAGUUACUAUAAAUUAUCAUUUACUGUGGUACAAAUUCUUUAUAACUGACUUAGUCAUUUGCCACUUAGCAGUUUGUCUACUGAAAUGAAAACAUCCUGUGGGGAAAAGUGACUUUAGAUUAUGAACUCAAUUCAAAUGAACUCUAUUUAAAAUGGGGUCCUGUUUUGGACAAAGGAAAUUAAGAAUGUAAAAGUCAGAACUGUCUUGUUUGAGGUAAAAGUGUGCUUUGGCUUAAAAGAGAUACAGUAUAUUAAUUACGUCUUUUAUUAUUGCUUAUUUCUUAGAAUCAUUUCUGGCUUUCUCAAAACAAAAUAAUAUUAAUCAAUGAGUACUUCUAUUUGCUGCAUUUUUCUUAUAGCCUUUGAGACAGCUGGUAAUUAUCAAGUCAUUUUGCAUUUUUUAAAACAAUUUUAUAAAGCAUUCUCUUAUCUUGACUAUGUAGAAUACCACCUACUGGCUAGAACAAUUUCUGUACUCACAAACACUGCCAUUUUCUUAGAGAUGGCUUGUUGAGAGGAGUAAAACUAUGGUCUAAAGCUUGCAGUAAAAAUGCCAAACACUGUAGUACUUUGGAACCGGUUUAUUCUUGUGCUAAGCAGAACUGUAAAAUAGUUAAAAUGUCUUAUCAAGUAAUUCGCUGAUUAUAUAGACACCACUUUUGUAUUUUAUUUCAUUCUUUGUUUUAACUCGUGGUAGUGAUAUUUAAUACUUUCUGAUCAAACAGUUUCAAAGUAAAACUUUAAAUUUCACAUUUCUUUUAAAGAACUUGUAAAGCAUAACGGUGAUGUCAUACUUCUUAAGUGGUAAAGAAAGGUAUAAAAUUUGGAAACAUUUUGUUGGGCAUAGUAGUAAUUGGGUGAAAAGGAUAAAUUAUAUCAAAAUGAGAAUGUGCUGUAAUUGGAAGUAAGGAGCUAAAGGAUGUUUCUUUCAGUUAAGUAGUAUAACUGGAACGUUUUACUAUUAAACGUGGCUUUUAUAAAUGCAUGGUCCAAUAAUUUUGUUCACUGUUAGUAUUUAAUUCACUGUCAGCUUAUUAAUGUUUUCUGUACCCUGAUAAUGAAUUUUAAAUUACAAAAAAUUAUCCAGCAGCUACAGUUUAAAAAUGAAACUAGAUAUUAAAAUAAAUUUGAUAAUUUUUUGUAAGGUCCUGGAUUUUAUUUUAUUUUUCGGUGGAACUACAUUUUUAAGUUACAUUAUGUUAUGCAGGUUAGAAUUUUCAAUUACAGCUAAGCAUACUUGUAAAACUUCAGGACUAUAUCUGAGAACCUAAGGACCACUGAGAAUGUUUAUGGACGAGUUUGAAUAACACUUAAUGCUAUUCUUUUAGAUUAUCAGUCUCUACUUGGUGCCAGUGUGAGCAACACAUUAUAACUCAAGGCACUGAAAUAAUUCAGUGUUAAGAUAUAUCUAAAAUACAUGUGGUUUUCUGCAAUCAAGCUGUUCAUGGAAAGAAUUUAUGUACAUCUUUUACUUAGGGUCACAUUUUAGAGUAAAAGUAUUGAAGCAAAGGAUAUAGUCAUAAUUCUCAGUUAUCUACUAAAGUUACGGUUUUAUCCGUUCCGUUGUAACAACUUAAAGGUAUCUAAAGUUCUGUUUCUCUAUAAUUUGUUAGCCUUAACACAUGCCAAUUUUGUAUUUGUUUGACGUAUGCUUUUUUUUGCACUUUUUCCCAUCAUUUAGAGAGCCUUUUUAUAUAUGUGAGAUUGAGAUUUUACUCUGUGUGUGUGUGUGUGUGUGUGUGUGAGAGAGAGAGAGACUGAUUGGGGGAGUAAAGAGAAUCUUGUGAGGUUUGGGAUGCUUCAGAAAAAACCUCUCACUGCAACAGAGUACUGUUGUUAAAGAAUCCCAUUUGCUAUUAUCUAGAAUACUUUUAAGAAAUUGUUUAUCUAUUACGUUUCUGAAGUUCUGAGAACUAAGUACAAUCAAUUACCAUUCUAAAGCUGGUCUUGGGGGGAAAAAGAAAGCUGUCCCCUGGCUGCCUGUAACAAACAUUUUAUCAAAAAUAAGCAAAUAAAUAAAAGUUUGUGUGUCA